CUUGGGUGACUUCCGCGGGAUCACCUACGAAGCAGACCCGUGGUUCCGGCCUGCUGUCAGACUGUUCUUGUUUUAGUAACACCCAGUCAGGUUCCGGUCCUCACUACUAAGCAACACUACGACUGCUGCUGUUGCUGCUGCUGCCGUCGUCGUCGUCGCUGCUGUUACCUUCCCAGAGACCGCUUUUCUGCCCUUGCCUCGUUCUACGUGCUGUCUUAGUUGGGUCUUUCACCAUCUCUCUCCCUCUUGCCCUCCUUCAUCUCCUUUUUCCGCCACCAGCUUUCUACCCAUCUUAUUCUUACUUACCUACUGUCUCGAUCUUCCCUAAGUCGUCUAGGUUAUCUCAGUAGCGCCGUUCGUUACAGCUUCCAGCAUGGCCGGUGCCAACCGGCCCUUUAGUUACAGUCGCGGCGAUGAUGGGUUGGUGCGACCAGACACGAAAGUGAUUCCGCCCAUGCGAUCGGCAGAUGAAGGCCUCUACAGCACAUCAUACGGAGAGACGUCGCCCAUUUCUGCUCGGGAUCAGGCGCAGAGUCGGCUGUUCGAUCGCGGUCUGCCCUCAGUUCCGGAGGGUCAGCGUCUAGAGCGGCACUUCACUGCCACACCGGGUAUGGACAAUCUCGGCCCAGCUGCUGUGGGCGGCGGAAUCAGUGGUAUCGCGCUUGGCGUGGCCAAUUCUCAUAAUCGCCGGAGUGGGGUUGACGCUUUCAGGGAAACAGAUGGUCCGCUUCACAAUGUCCCCGCAGAACGGGAUUUCAACACCACAGGCUCCGAUAAUCCCUAUGUCCCCGCACCGCCGGAUGGAGCGGUAUACUCCAGUUCGGAGACGUCGCGACUUCGCGAUUCCUACGGUUCUUAUGUCGGACCUGGAACUGGGUCGGGUUCAGCAGAUCAUGGAACACCAGGGACCACUCCAUCUCAACGUAGCUUCUUUGAUAGUCCGUAUCAAGGUGUCGAUGCGGGACCAUAUCAACGGCACUCGGCCUACAGUUCUCACGACUAUCCGCUCGUCAUUAAUCCGGACGAUAUUGCUGACGACGGGGAUGAUGGUUUUGCUGUUGUUCCGAAGGGAGCGGGGAACUACAGAUCUAACGGUGGUAUACCUGCUGCAGGGGCUGGCGGUGCCGCGGCUACCGGGGGGUUUUUUGGUUGGCUUCGAACCCUUUUCAAAGGGAAACCUGACCCUAACCGCCCUUACGGCGCAGUCUCCGGUGAUGGUCUGGAAAUCGUCGAAAAGGGUCAAGGGGGUACACACAUAAUCGGCGGAGGCAGCCGCAAGCGCGGUUGGAUUGUUGGGCUCGUUCUGGCGUCGAUAAUCAUCGGGGCUAUUGUUGGGGGUGCUAUUGGGGGUACACUCGGCCAUCAAGAACAUGACGGGGAUCCAUCGUCGGUGGGAGGAUCCAGUGGCUCGGAUGGUACGAAAGACAGCGAUGGAUUGCUCGACAAGAAUUCCGACGAGAUCAAGGCCCUCAUGAAUAACCCAAACCUCCACAAGGUGUUUCCUGGUAUGGACUACACCCCUUGGGGGGUGCAAUAUCCGCUGUGCCUCCAAUACCCUCCGUCGCAGAAUAAUGUUACCCGCGAUCUAGCGGUUCUGACCCAGUUGACAAAUACCAUCCGGCUGUACGGCACCGACUGCAAUCAGACGGAGAUGGUCCUUAAUGCCAUUGAUCGGUUGCAGUUGACGAACAUGAAGGUCUGGCUGGGCGUCUGGAUUGACACCAACCAGACGACGACGGAUCGACAGAUCAGCCAACUGUAUAAGAUCGUUGAGGACGCGAACGACACCUCCAUCUUCAAAGGGGCAAUUGUCGGCAAUGAGGCCCUAUAUCGAGCAGGCUCCGAUGUGGCUAGCGCCGAAACGAACCUGAUCGGCUACAUCAACGAUGUGAAGGACCACUUCAGGCAGAAGAACAUCAAUCUCCCGGUGGGCACGUCGGACCUGGGCGAUAAUUGGAACGCGCAACUCGUCAGUGCCGCCGACUUUGUCAUGUCGAACAUCCAUCCGUUCUUUGGGGGCGUCGAGAUUGACGACGCUGCCAGCUGGACGUGGACGUUCUGGCAGACGCACGACGCCCCGCUGACUACGGGAACGAAUAAACAGCAGAUCAUCUCCGAGGUGGGGUGGCCGAGUGGUGGAGGGAAUGACUGCGGAGCCGGCAACAAGUGCCAAAAUGACCAGGAGGGCGCCGUGGCCGGCAUCGACGAGAUGAACCGAUUCCUGUCGGAUUGGGUGUGUCAAGCGUUGGACAAUGGUACAGAGUAUUUCUGGUUUGAGGCAUUCGAUGAGCCGUGGAAGGUUCAAUACAACACGGAGGGCCAGGAGUGGGAAGACAAAUGGGGCCUGAUGGACUCGGCUCGCAAGCUGAAGCCGGGGCUCAAGAUUCCCGACUGUGGCGGCAAAACGGUUACGUGAACGCACUCGAUGGUUCGCGACUUUACGUCCUCUACCUAACGACCCGUGUGAUGAUGGAAUCGAUGUAUACAAGAUAUCCGAGAUACACCAUGUGUUAUGAUGCAUUACGGCUUGAUCAAUUUAGCUCUGUGGGUUGCUUGCGGUGUUUGAGCUUUCUGUCCUGGAUUGUAUUCUACUGGGCUGGUGCAUGGGUCGGCUGCACUCAUUCCUUUGCGGAGCAUGCCGACGGUGUAU